AUGCAAAACGUACCACAUAUCUCUAUGACCAUCCUGCCGCCUGAAAGUUCAGUUUUAGAUGAGAUAAGUUUUGCAAGUACUGACGAUCUAUGGUUUGACAACCGAAGUUUGGUUCCUAUAUAUAAGGCUGAACCAAAAAUCGUAUGGGCAAAUGCCAAGCUAGAACAGAACACCUGGAAAGCAAAAACAUGUGGAGGUGGAAAGGAAAAAGGCACCACUGAUAUGUGGGAACCGAGUUUUGGGGGAAUGCGGCGCCUCAUCGCGUUGCAAGAAAACCCCUUGAAUGUCUUGUUUCGACCUAGCUGA